GCGGAGUUUUGGGCUCGCCCACUGUAACACUGUCAUGGGGUGGUUGCGGUGGCCCAUCGAUUGUUGGGCACAUCUCGUCUCCGGACCAGAUUCCUGAGGUAGGAGAGGUAACGCGGCAGAGACAGAGAAGUCCACCUAUUCUAGAAGACGAAGAACUUCAGGCGACUAAGAAGGACAGUGCAGAAUGUAUGGCAAUGGCGUUUUGUAGAUGUAAGUGAUUGGCAACAUCAAAAGUGGAGAAGGGGAGGGUCUCGUUCCAAUUAGAUAUAAGAAGUGCGUAUGAAGAACUGUAACUGUUGAACAAGUAAGCUGUGUGUUAUAGGCAAGACGUCCAGAAGUUAGAUUAGUACUCCGUGGAGUGUAUGAUAUGAGGGACUGGCCAGGCACUUUUACUCCGCCACGAAGUCAGUGUAUAUGAAGUACCGAGGAGCAGGCGUUCUUACUCCACCUUGAGUCAGAGGCUGUCAGUGAACAGCCGAACCCCAUUCACAGAAGUGGAGGACGACACGAGAGAAGUUUUUCACGAAAGUCCACCAGUGGAUCAGACAAGAAGCAGUAGCCUCAGACCACAAGCUGCACAUGCCGUUUUCACAACGCCGGCGUCGGCAUCGGUGAAGUCGUCACCUAGUUCCCGAGUGCAGAAUGCCGGAACAAAGGUUAGUGGGACAGCCACAGGAGAAUUCGAAGCGUCAAGCCAGCGUCCCCAGCGGCUUAGUAACAUAGUGCCCGUGGGACACCAUAUACCAGUCAAAAAUGCGCCGCGAAGCAGUCAUGAGCGGUACCAUUUCUGGAAGUACAAGUGGCGAGAAGCGGCGCAGAGUAGUUCGGACUCACUACUAGCCGAAACUGAAAUCGAACGGAUGCGACUGUUCGAGGCUAGCGAGCAGGAUAUGAUAGUUAUAGUUCGUUCAACGUCAUCAUCAGACUCAAUUUGACUUUCUUUGACUUGUUUCGAGUUGUACAGUGCACGACUGGACUUUCGUCGGCUCUUCUAAUGAUGUAACAGAAGAAGACCAGCACCCAGCUUCAGGACUGCUGUCUACCUUCAGCCGGUCUAAAGAUCCAGAAGGAGAAGAAAACGAACAAAGCAAUUACGCUCCUAUGCUUUUUUCAGGAGACUACGCAGAUCUUGGGGCAUCGUCUUCAAGUAACGAAGAGCCUUCGCGCAUGGUAGGUCCAGGUUUCUCAUUCACGGAUCAAUUUUAUGCUUUCAUUGUAGGCAAUGUUCUCACUCACCGACCAACUUUAUGCGUUCAAGCGCAGGAAAAGAACACUGGUCAAGGAUUUUGCACUGCUUUAUAAGGUGGAGAGUGUUGUAGGCAAUCUUGAGGGCUUUGUUGCAGGGUUUGUCUUGUUUCUCAAUUUAGAUAGGUGACACAGGCACAGAAGAUGUGGCAACUUUACUAGAUAUGAAAGAAUCAAUAGAGAAGGGACGCGCACGGUAAGAGGCGCUUGUGGAUGAAAGAGUACAGAGACCCACAAAAAGGUACUUCAAAGAAAGAGAAUCCGUGCAAAACGUAAGUCCUUGGCACUUAAGAGGCACUUCGUCGAAGAAGUGGCCAAUGAAUCACUGCAGUGGCUACACAUCAAAGUCUAACAGCUCAUGCGUCGAGCGAAUGGGAGAAGGCCUUUACGAUUGUCAGAGGUCGCUAGCGAAAGUCCGCUUGUCCAAAGUGUAUUGAAAUCCACCUCCAGCGCGACGCAUUGGCAGACUCGUGUUAAGGUCAGCUUUGAGCCAACCCUCUCAGCAUCUCGAUACCCUUUUGCUUCCAUUGUACUCUUUUUAUGGGAACAGAAGGGGUCGAGAUGGGUGAAAGCUGACUCUAAUCUUGGUGACCACGAGGCAAUGCAAGGCGGACUAGGAGGACAGCAGCAGAUGUCAGGAUUAAGGCAAGCAAGAGACGCAUCUCAGAGAGGAUUCUCUCCAUGAUUUAACCAUUAAGAGACUACUUGCAGAGGCUACCACUCAGAGGCUUCAAAGGGUACCAUCAAGAGACUAUUUUCAACAUGAUCCUAGUCCUCUCCGCUUUUUUAAGUACAGGAAAAGGAUGUGGGUAUCGCAACAACGCCAUCCCUGUCGUUCUUUUUUUCAGCUUGAGAUGGCUCGGAGAAGGCGCAAAGAAUCAUGUGGCUGCGGGCAUGACGCGAGAGCAUGGGGGCAACAACAUGUCAGAAGUACUUCUUCGUGAUCCUUUCGUGAGCAUUUAGCAUUUUAUUGCAUCUUCAUCCUCGCAGUAAUACUUUGCGUGAGGACUUGGGUUUUUAAGGCGGUACCUUCUCUAACAGAUGCAGGACAACUGCAGGGAGGACAGCCACGGAGUGCACAAGUUAAUAGGACUUCGUUUGAGCAAGUAGGUCCUGGGACGAGGAAUGUGGGAGUCGUCGAAUCGAAAAAUCCAGUGGAC